CUAUAAAAAACAUACGAGAAGGGACCAGGAGUCCCAGAACAGGCCACGAUGUCCAUGGGGUCAAGCGGACCUAUGACCUAAUGGAAAGCGGAUUAAGUAGAGUCCCAGUGCGUGAAUCCUCGGUGUCUGCACCUUAUGAAGGUCUCAUCAGUCGUGCAAGGGAAAGCCCACAUUUAGCAGAAUCUAAAGAUAGGGCUGUUCCAUCAGGAUCAAUAAUGCAGGGUACACCAAGAGCAUCCAGUGAGACCUUUGAAGAAAGCAUGAAGUAUGGUAAACAGAUCAAACGGGAAAGCCCACCACUGCGAACCUUCGAAGGGUCCAUCACAAAAGGCAAACCUUAUGAGGGAGUCACUACCAUUAAAGAGAUGGGUCGCUCAAUCCAUGAAAUUCCAAGACAAGAAAAUCGCAAAACCCCAGAAAUUGUACAGAGCAGCAGAUCGAUUGUGGAAGGAUCUAUAUCUCAGGGAACCCCGGUGAAGCAUGAAAGCCAAUCUGCCAUUAAGCAUGAUGUAAAGUCUCUGAUCACAGCCUCCGGCAAGCACCCACAUCCCAUGCACCAGCUGGAGAUGAUCUCGGAGGGUGUGAAGGUCGUGGAAAGGAAGUAUGAAGACAUGAAACCUGCUGAUCAGCUACGAGGCCGUCAUAGUGCAGUGGUCAGCUCUGGGACCUCUGUGCUCAGGUCAACAAUGCAUGAAGCUUCUAAAUCUCAGCUGAGUCCGGGCCUCUAUGAAGAUCCCAAUGCAAGGAGAACACCAUUGGGAUAUCCUGGCUUCAUUCCUAGGGGCCCACCAAUCGUCAGCAGACCACAAGAAGGUGUCAUGACUUCAGGGAAGUCCACUGGACAUGAAAGGAAGACUACUCUGGUCCCAACACAGAGAGACAGCUUGUCUGUGAAGUCCCCAGUCUCUGUGGUGGACCCAUCAGCAACUCUCGGUCCUUAUGAUUCUCUCCAUGGGAGAGGGAAUCCUGAAUAUAGAAGUCAUGUUCCUCACCACUUCGAGCAUUCAAUGGCUUUUCAUCGAGCAUUAGACCCAGCUUACCUGUUUUCCCGGCAGCUUCCUCCAAAUCCCAGUUACUCUAGUCACUAUCAGCUGUAUGCAAUGGAGAAUACACGACAGACCAUCCUCAACGACUAUAUCACUUCUCAGCAGAUGCAAGUUAUCACCAAGCCAGACGGCACCAGAGGAAUGUCACCACGAGAAACUUUAGGUGUUCCCUAUGCUGCUGGAUCCAGAGCAAUCAUCGAAUUGGGACCGGUGUCUCACACCAUACUCGUGCCAGGUGGGAGCAGUACUCCUCCUAUGGAGAGAAUAACCUACAUCCCGGGGAACCAAGCCCCUUACCCUGGCAGAUACAACCACUCUCCUAUAUCACCAGGUCACCCUGCACAUAUGUCUGCCACCACAGCCACUGCAGAGCGUGAAAGAGAAAAAGAGCGAGAGAGAGAACGGGAGCAGAGGGAACGGGAACGGGAACAAAGAGAACGGGAGAGAUUAGCUGUGACAACUUGUGACCUGUCUUACCUUAGAGCAGGUCCUGAACAGACCAGUAGGCCAAGUAGCCAUGGAUAUGUCCGUUCUCCAUCGCCAUCAGUACGAACGCAGGAGACCAUCUUACAGCAACGACCCAGUAUAUUUCAAGGAGCCAAUGGCAAAGGGGUUAUAACUUCACUGGAUGCAGCUACGCAGUCUCGGAUAAUGCAGGUACCACAGGGAGCCCUGUCCAUGGCACAGGGAUUGUCUGCAUCCCGCUACAACACUGCAGCAGAUGCCCUUGCAGCAUUGGUGGAUGCUGCAGCCUCUGCACCUCAGAUCGAGAUGACAAAGGGGAAAGAGAACAAACAUGAAGCCCCCCGAGUGGAAGAAAUGACCGCUCGCAGAGUUUCUGAGCAGCAGCAGAAUAUUCAUCACCAGACACAGCAACAGCCACAAAGUGAACAUGAGCGACGGUCAGUACAGUCACCGUAUUCAUCCACGGCCAAGGGUCAGGGUCAAUCCAGCUAUCCAGAGAACAUUAAGGACAAAGCACCACCCCCCAAAUCUAGGUAUGAAGAGGAACUCCGGACUCGAGGAAAGACCACAAUAACAGCAGCAAAUUUUAUAGAUGUGAUCAUCACCAGACAGAUUGCCUCCGAUAAAGACAGCCGUGAGCGAGGAUCUCACAGCUCAGACUCCUCCAGCAGUGUAUCUUCCCAUCGCUAUGACAUGCCCAGUGUGGAUGCGAUUGAGGUAAUCAGUCCUGCAAACUCACCUGUCCAGUCACAGGAGAAGGCUGAACCUGUCCAGCCCGAGAUACACAAAUCUUCCCAGGGAGAUGGUGAGCCUAAUACCCGAGGGUUUGAUGUGCCCAUGAGUCGGUAUAGGAUGAUGCAGAAGUCACCGUCUCCACAGCAGCAGACACCAUCUUCCCAGCCUGACAGCGUGUAUUCCUCUGUUCCUAACCCUCAAGUUUCCAAAACACACAAAUUGAUCACUCUCGCUGAUCACAUCCAUCACAUUAUUACACAGGACUUUGCCCGAAACCAACCCAACAGCCCGUCAUCACAACAGCCUCCAGUGUCUACAUUCCAAACAUCUCCAGUGCUCUCUAACCGAGGAAAGAGUUCCACUCAUUAUGGCACAGACUCUCAGCCACAGACCACUCAAACAGCUCUUCUUCAGAGACCACCAUCCAGGGUCUCUCCUGAAAAUCCAACCGAA